CUCAAACUGCGCGUGUUUGUCCGGCUUGAACACGCGCACACCCACACGCACACAUUGACCCUCCCCCCUGCAGCAGGAAGCAAAAACCUCGCCACGGACACACACCGGUAGCUGUGUGUCCAUGGAGCCCGAUCCGACCCGGUGUGGUGGCCGUGCUGCUCUCCUGGUCAUGGGUGUGAGGAGCGGAGCCGGAAGGACGACGCCCCGCCGGCGGGGGACAGGUCUCCCCGGGGCCGCCACACUCCUCUGGCUGCUGCCGGCGCUGCUCACCUACUUGGUCAGGUGCGCGGAAAGUGCCAAACCGAGCAAUAUCGUGCUCAUCCUCGCCGACGACCAGGACGUACAGCUGGGGGGGAUGACCCCGAUGAAGAAAACAAGAACCUUAAUAGGAGAAGCAGGAGCAACCUUUGUGAAUGCUUACACUGUCACGCCACUGUGCUGCCCCAGCAGGAGCAGCAUUUUGACAGGUCAGUACCCCCACAACCACGAGGUGAGGAACAACUCACUGACUGGGAACUGCUCCAGUCCGCAGUGGCAGAAAGGUCCUGAGUCCGAGGCCUUCCCCGUCUACCUGAGCAAACAGAAAUACCAGACAUUCUUCGCUGGCAAAUAUCUUAACCAGUAUGGUAAGAAAGACGCAGGAGACGUCAGCCAUGUUCCUCCUGGAUGGAACCAUUGGCAUGCAUUGGUGGGGAACUCCCAGUACUACAACUACACACUGUCCGUCGACGGGAAAGAAGAAAAGCAUGGCGACAGUUACGAGAAGGACUACCUGACGGACCUCAUGUUGAACCGGUCCCUUACAUUUCUGGAGGGCAGGAGCCGCUAUUAUCCCUUCUUCCUGAUGUUGUCUCCUCCGGCUCCUCACUCCCCCUGGACGGCAGCGCCUCAGUACCAGAAGGAGUUUGCAGAUGUCAAAGCUCCUCGAGAUGGGAGUUUUGACAAAGCAGGGAAGGACAAACACUGGCUGCUGCGUCAACCUAUCAACCCCAUGCCAGAGAGCUCACUGACCUAUCUGGAUAAUGCAUACAGGAAAAGGUGGCAGACCCUGUUGUCUGUUGACGACAUGGUGGAGACGCUGGUCAAUAAACUCGAUAGUAUAAAGGAACUGGACAACACUUACAUCUUCUACACCUCAGACAACGGCUACCACACAGGUCAGUUCUCUCUGCCCAUCGAUAAGAGGCAGCUGUACGAGUUUGACAUCAGGACCCCGCUCCUGGUCCGUGGUCCUGGCAUCAAACCGAACCAGACGCUGAAGGCUCCGGUUCUGAAUAUUGACCUGGCUCCCACCAUAAUGGACAUAGCUGGCCUCAACCUGUCCUCUGUGAAUGUCGAUGGGCAGUCUUUCCUCAGUCAGAUGGCUCCCUCACUGCGUAACGGAAGUGUACGGCCCUUUUUCCUUAUUGAAUACACCGGAGAGGGACAUCCCAAACCAGAUCCAGCGUGUCCAAAACAAGGCCCUGGAGUAUCUCAAUGUUUCCCAGACUGUGUGUGUGAAGAUGCCUACAACAACACCUACGCCUGCGUCCGGACCCUCGACAGCGAAAACAACCUGCAGUACUGCGAGUUUGCCGACAGCGAGUCGUUUGUGGAGGUGUACAACCUGACGUCAGACCCCCACCAGCUGGAGAACAUUGUGAAGAAGGUGGAUCCAACCGUCCUGCAGGCGAUGAACCAGCGGCUCAUCAAGCUGCAGUCCUGUGAGGGUGACAGCUGCCGUCACAUCAAGUAACGGAGAGGCAGCAGAGCGUUUACAUACCCCGAGAAGCUGCCAAACACCCACUACUAUCAUACUAUUAUACUCGUACACCUCUUUCCCACCAAAUCAGCUCAGGUUCUUAAACCUUUUACAUUCAGGGUUCUUUGAACUGGAGGCUACCCAGUGAACCAGCCUGCGUUUCCACAUGUUUUGAGUGGAACCAUUGUGAUUCCAAUAGGUUCCUUCAUUAGAGAGGCGGUGGCCUAGUGGCAGAAACUUGGACUAUGGGCAGAGAAGGUCUCUGGUUCAACUCCAAGGAGAGACAACAAAAGACGAACCUGGAUUGAUCUGUCCAAAAAUCCAAGAGUCUCCCUACCCUGUCUAGUGCCCCUGAGCAAGGCACCUUACUCCCCCAACAUCUGCUCCCCGAGCGCCGUACAUGGUCGCUCACUCAAUUCCGGCCAAUGUUUGAUACACUCACUGAUGUCAUCACGGUUCACUCUUUGAAACCUAAAAUUGUUGGAUUAAUUUUUUUUGCCGAAAUGCUCCAGUUCAAAAUCAGGUGUACGAAUGGGAACAGAAGCUGUUCCAUGUUGGUGGAAGAGGGUACUGGUGGGAGGUGGUAGGAUAAAAACUGCACAGGCCUUGUUCAUGCUGCCUCACUGUUGCACAGCCACGGCUUCAGGGAACACUUCAAGAAAGAGUUAUGCACUUAUUGGCCUUUUUGCUGAGGUUAGAUGAGAAGAUGGAUAACCACAACUGGUGAGCGUAUCUUUGCAUAAAUUCUGGCAAUAGAGGGAAACAGCUCCGUCCAAAGUCUCCUCUCCUACAGUUCACUUAUAAACACCCAACAUCUGUUUGUUUCAUUUCUGUCAAAAUGACACAGCUGUUUUAUGAGGGUUUGUGUGCUGAGACAUUGCCAGCAAAAAAUGUUGUUUUGACACUUGGUGUAUUUUUUCUUUUCAAACCCUCAACCACAAAGGGAGCAAGUGUAUUGCCUUAAUCCUUUUUUCCUAUAAUGUUUUAAUCUUUUUUCCAAUGACGAGUCGAAUAGCCUGCUGAGCUGUGUUUGUAUCAAUGCCUUCACGCGUGGUACUAUUUUCUUCCUGGACAGGGUUAACUCCUCGUCCCAUUCAUUCUACUGAAAUGACUCUACUACCAAUCAGUCCAUGCUGGCUCAUGUGUUACUGUUUACUGCACUAUCAAUGCACUCACCUUUAAAGUGUUUGGAGGUCCACAGUCCCAUGUUAACGUUUUACCAAUCGAAGAUACACAAAAUGUUGCCAGUAUUUGUUGUUGAGAUUUAUUGAUUUAAACAGCCGGUACCUUGUAGCUCUCUCAACCAAUCAUCUCUUUAAAGGAAUCGUCCAAAAUGUUUGGAUAUAUGCUUAUUGUGGGAAUAGUGUGGGAAUACAAACAUUAAUACCACUCGUCCUCCUAUUUAAUGUAAAGCCUCCUCCACUAGCUGGUUGGCUCAGCUUAUCAGAAAAGGUUGUGGAAACAGGGAACCAGCCGCCGUGGCACAGUCCAAAGUUAACGAAGUCCACUUACCAGCACCAGUAAUACUCACUCACUUGAGCUGGGACAAAACCCAACAUAAGACAGCAACUUGUCAUAUAAAACAUUAUUAUAGCGACAUAUUAUGAAUUAAUUUGUGAGCUUUACAGCUGCUGGUGAUUGGACAGAGCCAGGCUAGCCAUUUCCCUCUGUUUCCAGUCUUUAUGCUAAGCUACGCUAAUUGGUGGCUGAAUCUUUCGACAUAACUGCAGCACACACAAGUUUUCGUAAUGCAAAACGUUAGACUUCUCCCUUAUGGUAAACACACCACUGUUUCUUUGCUUUUCACAACUCUCUGAAAUCAUGCUCAUUAUUUCAUGAAUAGACCCCAUCCAAUUUUGUGCCUCAGAUUUAAAAAUGCCGUUUUUUAAUUUUAACCCUGAUAUUUGUGACAAUAUUUUACAGUGAAUUUUAGUGAUAUUUCUUCAGUCUUGUGGAAAAAGUGCUGUUUGUUUUUGUGAGGAGUCCAUCAAGGGAAAUUUCACAUGGACCAGUGUGCCUUCUUAUUUGCACUGACCAGGAACAUGUGCCUUAAAUGUGAAUGUACUUGCACUGUGAUGAAACAUUGAAAAUAAAAUAAACUUUAAACGCA